UUUUUCUUUUGACGUUUGUACACUCCAUCGGUAAAUAUUGAGUUAGGUUUUUUGCUUUUAUUAUCUCAGAACUGUAAAAUUAUGAAAAUGUUUUGUUCUCGGAAGAGGACCUAGCUAUGGAUGGUGUACAGUGAUGGAGCUCAAUGCGUAUCGAGCAAAUGAGGUUUUGGAACCGGUAGCCGUGCAGUACUGCCCUGACAGCCCGCGGUCCGCGAGCCCUGCGCCCGUCCUGUCCACAAAUGUCUGCUGUGACUUGGAAGACAUCUUGAGCGACGCCAUAACAGAGUCGCUUCAGACCUCGCUGCGACUGAACCACAGUCAGCUCAUCAACCAAGAGUUAACUAUACGGCCGGAAGCGAACAUAGAGCAAAACGUACCGGACGGACUUGACUUGUACAAGGUCAUAUUUGAGGUGGAAAGCGACACCGAACCAGAAAUGGCUGAAGACGGUGUUGCCGUGCAGAAUCACCCUCUACAAGAGCCGGAGUCCUGCCGGCUGGUAGGCGGCUCCAAGUUCUACCAAGUAAUGGAGAGUGCGGCCUCCGGAGACGGCUGCACCCCCUCCCCGACAGAGAAACACGACCACAUGAAGCCGACAGACAGCGAGGACGAAGUUUCAGACGUGGACCAAGAAUGCACCGUGUUCAGCGGUGUCAGCUACCUAGGAGCCCAGAACAUCGCCGAUCCCAAAUCGGAGACGGACAUACAGAGGAUCAUGAAGGAACUCAGUUCCAUGCCUGAGAGCAGAGACGGCAUUGCGGUGUCUAUUUCUGUACCUGUAUGCUCGCAAGGGCUUGUUGUGCUGUACCAAGCGGACACGAACAGCGUCAUGACGCGCUAUUCUGUCAACCGGAUCUUAUUCUACGCGCGCGGCACGGCCGGCUCGCCCGUCGCCUCCUGCUUCGCGUUCACGUGGUCCCACGGCGAGACGAGGGAGUCGGCUGUAUAUCGCUGUCACGUGUUCCGCUGCCACAUAGCCGAGGCGGUCAGCCAGGUGUCAAGCGCGUAUGACGCAUCCUGCUUCGCGUUCAUGUGGUCCCACGGCGAGACGAGGGAGUCGGCUGUAUAUCGCUGUCACGUGUUCCGCUGCCACAUAGCCGAGGCGGUCAGCCAGGUGUCAAGCGCGUAUGACGCAUCCUGCUUCGCGUUCAUGUGGUCCCACGGCGAGACGAGGGAGUCGGCUGUAUAUCGCUGUCACGUGUUCCGCUGCCACAUAGCCGAGGCGGUCAGCCAGGUGUCAAGCGCGUAUGACGCAUCCUGCUUCGCGUUCAUGUGGUCCCACGGCGAGACGAGGGAGUCGGCUGUAUAUCGCUGUCACGUGUUCCGCCACAUAUUCGAGGCGGUCAGCCAGGUGUCAAGCGCGUAUGACGCAUCCUGCUUCGCGUUCAUGUGGUCCCACGGCGAGACGAGGGAGUCGGCUGUAUAUCGCUGUCACGUGUUCCGCUGCCACAUAGCCGAGGCGGUCAGCCAGGUGUCAAGCGCGUAUGACGCAUCCUGCUUCGCGUUCAUGUGGUCCCACGGCGAGACGAGGGAGUCGGCUGUAUAUCGCUGUCACGUGUUCCGCUGCCACAUAGCCGAGGCGGUCAGCCAGGUGUCAAGCGCGUAUGACGCAUCCUGCUUCGCGUUCAUGUGGUCCCACGGCGAGACGAGGGAGUCGGCUGUAUAUCGCUGUCACGUGUUCCGCUGCCACAUAGCCGAGGCGGUCAGCCAGGUGUCAAGCGCGUAUGACGCAUCCUGCUUCGCGUUCAUGUGGUCCCACGGCGAGACGAGGGAGUCGGCUGUAUAUCGCUGUCACGUGUUCCGCUGCCACAUAGCCGAGGCGGUCAGCCAGGUGUCAAGCGCGUAUGACGCAUCCUGCUUCGCGUUCAUGUGGUCCCACGGCGAGACGAGGGAGUCGGCUGUAUAUCGCUGUCACGUGUUCCGCUGCCACAUAGCCGAGGCGGUCAGCCAGGUGUCAAGCGCGUAUGACGCAUCCUGCUUCGCGUUCAUGUGGUCCCACGGCGAGACGAGGGAGUCGGCUGUAUAUCGCUGUCACGUGUUCCGCCACAUAUUCGAGGCGGUCAGCCAGGUGUCAAGCGCGUAUGACGCAUCCUGCUUCGCGUUCAUGUGGUCCCACGGCGAGACGAGGGAGUCGGCUGUAUAUCGCUGUCACGUGUUCCGCUGCCACAUAGCCGAGGCGGUCAGCCAGGUGUCAAGCGCGUAUGACGCAUCCUGCUUCGCGUUCAUGUGGUCCCACGGCGAGACGAGGGAGUCGGCUGUAUAUCGCUGUCACGUGUUCCGCUGCCACAUAGCCGAGGCGGUCAGCCAGGUGUCAAGCGCGUAUGACGCAUCCUGCUUCGCGUUCAUGUGGUCCCACGGCGAGACGAGGGAGUCGGCUGUAUAUCGCUGUCACGUGUUCCGCUGCCACAUAGCCGAGGCGGUCAGCCAGGUGUCAAGCGCGUAUGACGCAUCCUGCUUCGCGUUCAUGUGGUCCCACGGCGAGACGAGGGAGUCGGCUGUAUAUCGCUGUCACGUGUUCCGCUGCCACAUAGCCGAGGCGGUCAGCCAGGUGUCAAGCGCGUAUGACGCAUCCUGCUUCGCGUUCAUGUGGUCCCACGGCGAGACGAGGGAGUCGGCUGUAUAUCGCUGUCACGUGUUCCGCUGCCACAUAGCCGAGGCGGUCAGCCAGGUGUCAACUUGUUUCGCAAAGGCGUUCGAGCGAACGCUGCCCCGCUCGAUGGCUUCUUCGGUCGUGGGGGAGCUGAGCGCCGCGCCGUCCAUGACUGGGUCCCUCACGGACAACCUCCCUCCCUGCCCGCCCCCCAUGCAGCUGAUGCACGUUCUCGAAGUCACUGUGGAAAUCAAAGAGACCGAUGCUAAGGGCACAUACAGCCACGUACCUAAAGAACGUCUGGGCUUCAAACUGCGCGGCGGCAUCGACAAGCAGGUCACCAUCAACGUCCAGCAGGUCACCAGCAGCUCCCAGCCGGUCCAGGUCGAGGGAGACGAGUUCCAGGUACCAUAUGGAGGGCUAUACAUCGAGCGCUGUUUUGGCAUCCUACUGGCUCCAGCGAGAGGUGUUAAAUACCCGGACAUGAGGCUACUCGAAAUGGUUAGCGGCUCCUCAGGAGUGUCAGGGUGCUCCGGCUGCGCCCUCUGGAACGCCGGGGACUCCGCCCUAGCCGCCUUCAACGUUGCCAGUGGCGACGGCGCCCCUUCAUACAUGUCCAUUGCUCUCGACCUGGUUAUAAGAGGCAUACCGGAUCCUCUGCGGUUGGUUAUUGAAACUCCGGUGAAAAUCUACCCACCGACUGAGCGUUUCUGGUACUACUCCAAAAGACCCCUGGUGCAACAGUUCAUCAUCAAUUUGAAAGAGUCGGUAGACGCUCAAGGCAUACUCCAGUACGAAGUCGCCAACGUGGAGACAUCAGGCGAAUUCGACCGUUCGCGUCUCAAUUUGCCCCUGCUGUCCAGCCUGUUACCCUCGCCGCUCUCUAACGCCCCCGCACCGCCCUCGCCCCUCGAUGACUCAGAUGGCGACGAGCCCAUGCUUAGCGGCACCGGCAACGUGUCAAAAGACUGCGGCGAGGAGGUGCUCGAGAACUGGGCCAAUGUUCUCAGGAGUUGGACCGGACCUCGCCCUAAAACCCUAGACAACCUCGUCCGCACCAAAGGAGUCCCAGAGGCACUCCGCGGCGAGGUGUGGCCUCGGCUUGCCGAGGUCGAGCAGUGCGACAAGCUCAUGGAGACCUACAGGACGCUGAUCAGUCAGGAAUGCGAAGAGGAAGCGGUGAUCCAGCGUGACAUAGCCCGCACCUUCCCCGCCCACGACUUUUUCCGCGAGGCCGGAGGCCUCGGACAGGACUCACUACUUCGCCUGGGCCGCGCUUACGCCAUCUAUGACUCGGAAGUUCGAUACUGCCAGGGACUGAGCUUCUUAGCGGCCACGCUAUUGCUACACAUGCCCGAAGAACAAGCUUUCUGCCUUCUUGUGCGUCUGAUGUACGGCUACGGUCUACGGGAACUGUACAAGGAUGGGUUUGAAGAACUUUACAUGAGGCUGCAUCAACUGGAUAGGCUUAUGGAGGUGCAACUGCCAGAUCUACGCGCCCAUUUCCAGCAGCUCGGCGUAGAGCCGCACAUGUUCGCCUCCCAGUGGUUCCUGACUGUGUUCACGGCUAGAUUCCCGCUGCCUCUGGUGUACCACAUCCUUGACGUGUUUCUCCUGCAAGGCAUUAACACGUUGUUCCAAGUGGCCCUAGCCCUUCUGACUCGCUCUCGCAGGGACCUGUUACAACAUGACUUCGAAGGAGUACUCAAGUACUUCAGAGUAACGUUACCGAAAAAGUGCCGCUCAGAAGAAGCUACAUCUCACGUCAUAAAACUGGCCUGCAGCAUCAAAGUACCACAACGGCGGCUGCAGAAGUACCAACAAGAGUAUGAGAAGUUCGUCAAAGAAGCGGCAGAGAAGGAGAAAUUCAACGACGAACUGGAACGGCUCAAGACCACCAACAAUCAGCUGCAGAAGGAGAAGGAAACGCUCGAAACGCAGUUGGCUGAGAGUCGCGCCUCGUUCGAAGCUGUUCGGAAAGAGACGGCCCACCACACCGCCGUAGCGCGCGACUAUCGCGACAUAUGCGCGCGGCUCGACAAGCAGCUGCACCAGAUGCAGGAUUACGCGAAGGCCUGCACCACAUGCAGCGUUAAAAUAGCGCAGAAGGACAACAAGGAGGAAUCCGAACCAGAGGGCGACAAGGAAAGCAGCAGCGACACAGAGGCUCAGCUGAGGCAGCGCGUGCGAGACUUAGAGCUAGAGCUAGCGCAAGUCAAGCUGGCUUUAGUCGAGGCUCAGUGCAGCAAUCAGGCGAGUAGCUUUAAUAUACCUGCACUACACAUCCAACACAUAGAAAGCGCGUCAAUUCUGCAGGCAUCCUACAGACAGGAGAAUCCUUUUACCAGAAAUUCAGAAGCUCAGCUAAGGCAGCGCGUGCGAGACCUAGAGCUAGAGCUGGCGCAAGUCAAACUAGCUUUAGUCGAGGCUCAGUGCAGCAAUCAGGCGAGUAGCUUUAAUAUACCUGCACUACACAUCCAACACAUAGAAAGCGCGUCAAUUCUGCAGGCAUCCUACAGACAGGAGAAUCCUUUUACCAGAAAUUCAGAAGCUCAGCUAAGGCAGCGCGUGCGAGACCUAGAGCUAGAGCUGGCGCAAGUCAAACUAGCUUUAGUCGAGGCUCAGUGCAGCAAUCAGUCAUCCUACAGACAGGAGAAUCCCUUUACCAGAAAUUCAGUAGCUCAGCUAAGGCAGCGCGUGCGAGACUUAGAGCUAGAGCUUGCCCAAGUCAAGCUAGCUUUAGUCGAGGCGCAGUGCAGCAACCAGGAGCUAAGCCACCAGCUGAACACGGCCCUCAACGAGGUGCAGUCCGCCAUGAACCAGAAGCAAACCGUCGCUCCCUGGCUCGUGCGCACGCUCGGUUCCAUUAUGGAGGCGGCGCAGAACCGGCCAUCUUUCCAGACUUACCUGCCCACGGACGCACCAACGCAGCCCCUGCGGCGCCAGGGCUCCUUCACGGGCUCGCAAGGACAAGCAGGCCACGGGCACGCCAACCUCGACCGUCGCGUAUCCGAGCCGACGGACGCCGUGGUCACCCGAAGGAGGCCCGAAGACCCCAAACGGCACUCCAUGGUCGUGGACACCCCCCGCGAGCCUAAAGACAACAGGCGGAGCCACGACGGACACUCCGUGGGUUGAGGAGAUUGUGACACGCCCUGGUAUUUUUGCUCUUAAGUUAUAUAAUUUCGGUGGUAUCUGCAUUAGGCUGAUAUUACUUUUAUAUUAUUUCGGUGGCAAAACCUUGGUAUGUUAAGCGGUUACUUGCAAGUUAAAGUAUGUCUCGUGUUGGCGACUCUUUAGAAAACAUUAUAACACCUUCUGGUUAUUUGUUACAUAUCCAGGCACAUAAGCAUUAAGCAUUCGGUUGCCGCGGUCACCAGAAGGAUGCUAGAAAACCCCAAACGGCACUCCAUGGUUGUGGAUACCCCCGCGAGCCUAAAUCGAACAGGUGGACCCAUGACGGACAGUCCGUGGGUUAGGAGUUUGUGAUACGCCCUGGUUGUUUGUUUGUCAGCCCGGCUGAUGUUACUUUCAUAUCACUUGGGAGCCAGAACCAUGAGGUUAACGGUUACUUGCAAGUCCAGCGGUGUAAGAAGCGAGUUGAUCGUUUCAAAACUAGUACAUUAUAACUCCUUCUGGUGAGAAUCGGGGUAAAUAAACCCUUUUUACGUCGAGGUCAAUGAAGGAAAAUCAGAAUGUGACCAAGACUUUCUCAUUACUUGUUGUACAAGUCGCAAAUUUCAAGCGCGUUAAAGAAAUAAAAAAUAAAAACACUUUUCGUUAAGUUUAUUUCGUUAUCGCAAAUCAACUUACGAGCAAAAUGGGGGGUGUGGUCUUCAUGUUUUUUUUUGUGAUAAUGAGUUCUCCAUGAUAACGCUAUCUUGAUUCCGGAGCAUCUCACCACAGGAGUGAUAAAACGGGUUGUCAUUCAAAAUACAUUCACUUGAAAAAUGAUACUAAAUCUCUUCGAUAUUAGAUUCAUUUUUAUUGAAAUUUAUACAUGUGUGUUGUGUGUACACCGAGGCUUAGUACUUAUUUUCAAUGUUAUGUAUUUUACUAACAAUCUGUAUAACGUUUAGCGGGUUAAACACCGUCAGUAAAUAAUGAUGUUAUUAAUACUGAUGGUGCCGCCUCAUCAUUUAUCUUAUAAAUACCUAUAAGUGUGUAGGAGAUGUAUUGGAUAUAUAAAUGUGCACAUAACCCUAGUCCUUGUAUUACAAUAAUACGUUGUUAAUAUAUGUUAAUCGAUAUUAUUGAUUAAUAAUUCACUUAUUAUAUUGUAAUGUAGGUUAAGGCUCACGUAUGCGAAAGUUCGUCACAUCAAUAUUAUUACGUUAGCAAUAAUUUAUUAUUACAUUAUACUUUCAUUUUAUGCAUUAUCUUAUUUGUCUGAUUACAAUUGUCCAAACUAUAGUAGUAAUGCGUUAAUAAUAUUUCAAUAUCUUAUUAUGCGAGUGCUGACAGUACGCAUUUUUUUAACUUAUGUCACUUAAGUUAAUUUUGAAUUAUGUAAUAUUCUCUAAAACUACAGUGUCUGUAAUCAGACUGUAACUUUGUUCCCUGCAAUCUCGAUAAUUACCAUCGAUAAUAAUCUGAAAGUUUCUAAAUCCAGAAUAGUAUUGACAUACGAGUAUCAAUAAUAAUAAUACUGAUUGUGCGUAUCGUCACAGAAUAAAUAAUAAUAAUAAAGUUUCGCGUCUAUUACGACAGAUCUGACCGCUAGGUGGCGCAAGUGCGAGCAGGCGUCCGUUCCGUAGCGAUGCGCGGCAACUACUAUGGCUAGACACCAAAAUUGGUGUGGGCCGCAUGUACUUGUAGCGACGCAACGAAAUCGCGGAGUGAGCCACGCCUGGUAUCGUGGUAGUGUUAAAUAACUAAUUGAGAAAUUGGGUGUAGGCCAAAGAAAUGGUUAGGUAUUCUAAAGUGGCCCCUGGGAUAUUUUAAAGGAUUGGUUUUAUUUUAUAUUUAAUUUUCUUUGGAUCCUAAUUUUUUUAUACAAAGUGGAAUCGUAUUGUUCUGUGUAAAAUCUGCACAUAUAAGAUCUACAAAUGCUAUGCCAUAUCCUACAUUGAGUAUUUUUUUCUUUAGGUACUUUAACAGAUACUUUACUGAUUAUAAAUAACUUACUUUUUUAUGCCUCCAGAGAUUUCUAUUGGCGUAUUUAGGGAGUGUACCAAAAGUAGAAUAAACACGUCAUGUUUCUUGCAUAUUAGUACGUAAUACCCUAGAGUUAAGGUAUAAUACUGUAGCAUGGCAUGGUCUGCAUCCCUUACUCUCAUUGCUUAUAUCAAUGCAUGAAUGCGGGAGGGGAAAAUGUGGUAUGCUAGCGACAUUAACUCCAUACAAAAAUAACUAUGUAACCUUUAAAGUCCUUAUAACUAAAAUAUCUUACUAUAUUUUAAUCAAUAAGUGGCGGGCAGCAUUAUAUUAUGUUCUGUAGUUAUUUACUGUUCUAUAUUUAUUAUAUCUUGAUGAUAUAAUUUAAGUUAACCCCUUUGCAGUUCUGUAGAUUCCUCACGUCUGUAUGUAUAUCAUGUAUAUGUAAAAUGCAUCGUUUGUUCUAAUGAUUAAGAUUAAAAUUGGUAUCCAAACAAUCUUCUAGAAAUUAAUCGAAAAAAAAAAUAGGGACCUAAAGUAACUUUUAUUUAACGAUAUUGAAAUGAUAAUACUAUAUUUAAUAAUUAUAUAUAAUAUAUUUAAUAAUUAUAUUCGCUAUUAUAAUUAAAUUUAAUUAAUGUCAAUUGAUGAUUUGCUGAUUGUAUUAUGAAAACCGCAUGUCGAAGUGAAAAUAUGUUAUUUUCUUCGAUUUAGCGGCACUUGCACCAUCUCACUAAACCGGGGUUAACCGGUUAAACCUGAAGUUGCCAUGGUUACCAGUACAACUUGACACUGGAUUAUCGGUUUAACCGGUGCGAAGUGUCUUCGACCCCGUAGUAUACAGGCUGUUUAUAUUAUACGAGUAAAUACUCUGUAUAUAUUUCAGGGACGGACGGACACUAUGUGAAGGGUACACGGAAAGAACAUGUCUAGUCAAUUAAGUAACAUUUUGAGUAACGGUUUUAAAAUUUGGAACCAUGUCAAAAUGUAUGGUUAUUCCGUGACCAGUUUUUUUUUAACAAAAAAAAGUUGUGUUACAUAUAUUAUACACUGGUAGCAAAAGAUAUUACCAAUAGUUCAUUAAGAGCUCUGCAUUUUGAGAUGAAAAUGUCAUUUUCCGAAAAAAGUGACUAGACAUGUUCUUUCCGUGUACCCUUCAUGUAGACACCUAAGACCAUAACAAUAUUAAAUCGUGUUAGUAGUAGGUUUAAUACUAGGAUUAAAGGCAAGCUGUGUAAUUCUUAACUCUGUAAGUACAGUGGGACAAAGAUUAUGUUGAGCAUUUCAGCUCUUUUCAACAGACUUCAGAAAAAGGAGGUUAUUCAUUCGAGCGUGUUUUUUUUAAUUAUACAGACUACUGCAUCUCUGCAAAAAUACCUUCAGAGACGCAAUUAUAAAAGCGUAAGGUGACCGAUAUAUCUGAUGGCGUUAUAAGCGUUUAUUAUACAUACCAAAUACAUACUAUUGUAACGCGAACUUUCUCAAAUAGAUCAAAGGCUAUGUUAGUUUCACAUGGAGGCUACUAGAUGGCGCUAGUAGGCCACGAAUUUGAUAUAAAAAUUAAAUAUAUUUUAUCUUUCCCGUAGCUUUAAAAUUCCAAAACCUUGUGUAACUUGUGUUAUGUGUGGACUAGUUUUUUAUACAAACAUAACGAAUGUGCAAAUCAAGAUGAAUGUAAAAUAGGAAAUAGCCAAUUCCUAUAAAAAUUGUAGUUCAAUGUGCCUCCACGAGAUGGUGUUAGUAGCUCGCAAUGUUUUGAACUUAAUUCCUGUCUUUGAAGCUUUAAAAUUAUUAAAUGAAGCAUUUCGUAGUACAAUCGCCAUCAGAUAUAUCGGAGUUCCCAAGGUGCUCACAAAUAUCUGAACACGCACUCUAACGCCUUGACAAAGAGGCGUGUUCAGAUAUUUGUGAGAGCCUUGACCGCUCAGAUAUAUCUGAUGGCGACUGUACAAGGCUUAUUUGUAACCGCUGCCAUAUAACGUGUCUCACCUCUUCAUAUCGCCUUAGUUUUUAAUUUUACCAAAUUGAUGUAAAAAUGUAGCUAUCGAGUACAUAAAAAUUCCAUCCAAUUUGAUUUGUUUUUUUUUUAUGUUAAUGUUAAAGUAUUUCGAAAUAUGUAGCUGCAAGAUAAUGUUAUAAUUCUAUAGUUUAACUCACGGCUAUCGGUCUUCGUGACAUGUCGUCGUAUUUUUUACUUCUUAUCUGAAACACCCGAAACUUUCGAAAUAUGUCUUCAAAAGCAAAAUGAAUUAAAAAUAUUAAGGACUGUUUUAUCUUCCUAUAGCUAUCCUGACUUCACUUUCUCUGACCUCGUGUUUUAAGGGGCCCACUGACUAUCAGUCCGCCGGACGAUA